AUGUCGACCGGUGAUUUACUUGAAGAAGUUUUGAUUUAUCUAGGUUUACUGAUAGACUACGUCAGCUAUGCCUAUAAUACUUUUCUGAGCAUCUUUUUCUUUAAAUUCUUGCAUCAACAACCAUUCCGAGUUCACCUGCCCACCGAAACCUUCCAUCCAGCUGUGCUCAUAACCGGAACCUCCAGUGGCAUCGGCCGUAACACCGCUCUUGAAUUGGCCAACCGCGGAUACACGGUAUUUGCUACCGUUCGUAAGCAGGAGGAUGACGAGGAUCUAAAGGAAACUUUUAAGCGUUACGAAAAUUCAAAACAGGGUUCCUUGAUUCCUGUUAUUAUGGAUGUCACAAAAAAAAAAGACAUUCAAAAUGCCUACAAAAUCAUCAGAGAAAAGAUUGGACGGGAAAUUCCGUUUGUGGGGCUGAUUAACAAUGCUGCUCAUGUCAUGCACCUGCCUCUCGAGGUGGCAUCAGAAGAUGUUUACACCGAAAGUUUCAAUACGAAUUAUUUUGGAAUCGUCAAUCUGACAAAGAAGUUUCUGCCAUUGUUAAGAGAGGGCAAUGGGCGAGUUAUUAAUAUCGGGAGCGUCGGAUCCUGGGAAACUUUACCUUCCAUGGGUGUUUAUGAUUCCACGAAAGCUGCUUUAAGGGCGAUGACGAGGGCUUGGAGAGGUUCUCCGCCAGCUAUUGUGACCGACGCUAUUGUACACGCAUUGAGUUCGCAGUAUCCCAAGAAUACUUAUUAUGUGGGUCUUGACGCUCGAAUGGCCUCUCUACUGAAUUGGAUAUUUGGGGAUAGGGUUAUUGAAGUUGUGCUGGCCAAAGCUUUGACUCCUCCAACUGAAAGCGUUCAUGCGUGA